AUGUUUCUUUCAGCACUUGAGCGAGGGACCUCGCGCGGAUCAGAGCGUAACAAGGAAAACUAUCAUCAUAUGCCUCUGUACCGGUUGAACCACGUGCUCUCCUCACGAUCCUACACAGAGCCGAUAACGUCCGAAAAUCCUCUCAAUGCUUGGAGCUUCAGGAUUGAGAUUGACGAGAAGACAUCUGUUCAGACCGUGAUUAAACCAACCGGCACUGGGCCCUUAUCGGGCAAAACAGUGGCUAUCAAGGACAACGUCUCGGUCGCUGGUCUUCCACUGACAGGAGGAACACAUCCAUAUCACCUGAGCAAAGACCAGCCCUAUCCUAUCUCGACCUUUGACGCUCCCGUCGUGACACGGGUGCUGGAGGCCGGGGCUACGGUCAUUGGGACGUCGACGUGCGAGAACUACUGCAUGUCAGCCCUGAGCUUCACCAGCGCGACAGGACCAGUGGACAAUCCUUGGCUCCAGGGAUACGAGUGCGGUGGCAGCAGCUCGGGAAGUGCGGCCCUUGUAGGGAUCAAGAGCGUGCGGGACUGGCAAAGGAAACACAAGGACACAAGUGACGACAAAGAAGACGACAAGGACCAUGACAAAUUGGGCGAGGGCGCCGACUUCGCCCUCGGUGCAGACCAAGGAGGCAGCAUCCGCCAGCCGGCCGGCUAUUCUGGCAUCUACGGCCUGAAACCGACACACGGCCUGGUGCCAUACACGGGGCUCACGGCGCUGUAUCCUGCUAUAGAUCACUGUGGGCCCAUUGCAGGAUCAGUACGUGAUACUGCCCUCCUACUCGCCGUGCUGGCUGGAUACGAUGGCCUCGACCCGCGCAUGACGCCCGAGACGCCCCUUCGGCAGAACGUGGCCCCCUAUCACGAACUUCUCGACGCAGCCAUCGAGACCCGCAAGGCAGCUGGCGACUGGACGCCCACGACUGCAGCACGUGGUCUGCGCAUCGGCAUUCUGAAGGAGGCGUGGUCGGCACCACAGCUCAGUGCUGAGGUUGCCGCCGUGGUCCACAAGGCUGGCGAGCGAUUUGGAACCCUCGGGGGCGUCGUCGAGGAGGUCAGCGUCCCACUUCACAUGCUCGGCGCCGACAUCUUCACCGCCGUGACAAGAGCAGACAUGGCAGAUGUGUUCAUCUACAACAAACCACCAGACCUCCUCAGCUGGCCUCUCGCCGAUCUCGACCCGCCAGUGCCCAACAGGCAGUGGUACCAGACAAUGAACAAGGCCGCGCCUACGGUCGUCAAUAAAUUGCUCAACGGGACGUUUCUCAACCAGCAGAGAGAUCGCUUCCCUCUUGCCGCGAGGGGCAAGGCCGUGACGCAUGCGCAUGAACUACGAGCGGCCUACGUUGCGGCGCUGGACAAGUAUGAUGUGUUAAUUCUGCCUGUGAACCCGACUGUGGCAAUGAGGCAUCCUACUGGGGAGCUGAGUGUGAGAGACAAGCAGGCGCUUGCGCUGGGCAACACGUGGAAUACAUGUCCCUUCAACCUGACGGGUCAUCCAGGCUUGGUCAUACCUGUGGGAUGGGGGCAGACGCCAGAUGGCCAGGAAAAGCUGCCUAUUGGGAUGCAGAUGAUAGGGAAGAGAUGGGGUGAGGAGAAGCUGUUCCUAGCUGCGGCAGCCUGGGAGGUUGGAGGUUUUGGUCUUGAUCCCUGA